AUGGAGCCCAGGGUGAUCUGCGUCUUGGUGUUGGCGUGUGUGCUGACCCUCAGCUCCCUGGCCCAGGGCGAGCUCGAGACGUGUGUGGUGGCCCCCCACCACAGAACAAACUGUGGCGUUCCGGGUAUCACGCCUUCCCAGUGUAAAGCCAAAGGCUGCUGUUUCGACAACACUGUUCGUGGAGUCCCGUGGUGCUUCCACCCUGUGGCCGUGGACAACAUUACUGACGGCUAUAAAAAGCGGGGGCCACUCUUUCAGCUGGAGGAGUCUCUAGGACUUCGUUCGGACUCAUGA